AUGAAGCUGGAGGGUCGGGAGUCCUUCGACUCUUGGGGUACGGAGGAGUCGAGGGAGAGGGCUGAGCUCCCCCACCUGGAGGGUCCCGGCCCCUGGGUGGCCUCGGUCACGGCCGACGUGCUGGUGCUGAGGGCAGAGCUCGACCUGCUGCUGGCCAACCAGCACCCGAACCCCCAGUUCUUCACCGAGAUCCUGCUGGGAGGGGACGAGCAGCUGCUCGUGUCUGACGCGAUGCCCACAGCAGACGGGGUCCUCCCGGCCGGUGAAGUCCCCCAGGGACCCCCCCAAGACCCCCCAAAUUUGGGGGAGGGGGGGGGCUGGGCCUGCGCUUCUUGUGCCUUCCUGAACCCCAGAGCGUCCUCUGUGGGGUCUAGAGCGCCCUGCCUGGCCCGGAGGCUGAGCCACACCCAGCAGGGGCGGGGCAGCCCGACCACGCCCUCCUGGCUCCUGAUUGGACAGCGCCGGUGUCAGCUCCGGGCCCUGUCAGCGCUGGGGUUCCGGGAUCGCCGGGAGGUGGCGCUGGCGCUGCAGCGACACGGAGGGGACCAGUGGGGGGCGCUGCGGGAGCUGCAGCGGCCCCGGCUCCGCCCCUUCCUGCAGCGCCUCUGGCAGCCACCGGGGGCGCUGGACUUCGAGUGCCCCGACCAGCAGGCGCUGGUCCGGCGGAUUUUGGCCACCCUGGACGUGGCCAGUUGGGGCCGGGCCUUACUGGUGGCCAGUUUGGGGCGCGAGCUGGGACUGGGCAAGGUGGAGCCCGGCAGCGAGGGCUUACUGGGAGAACUGGUGGAGGCGGUGAAGGACUGCCCGGACCGCGCGGCCCUGAGGAGGAGGCUCCGCUGCGAGUGCGCCGUGUGCGGGUGGGGCCUGCCCCGGGCACAGAUGCAGUGGCUGCCGGGCUGCUCAUGCCCACUGUGCCCCGAGUGCUUCCGCCUGCACUUCACGGUGGGGGUCCGGGAGAGGGGGGUGGGCGCCCUGGGCUGCCCCAGCUGCUCCCGCCCCGACCUGCGUGACGAGGCCCAGCGCCUCUGGUACUGGUCCACACUGGAACCACAGCUCCGGAGCUGUUUGGACCCCGACACCUUCGGCCUCGUGACCCAGAAGUUGACGGAGCUGGAGCUGCUCCGGGACCCCCAGUUCCUGUGGUGCCCCCAUUGCUCCUUCGGGUUCAUCUUCGAGGCCGAGCGGGGCCCGGCCCAGUGUCCCCAGUGCCACCAGUGCUGCUGCCCCCGCUGCCAGCGCCCG